GGUGGUUUGGUAUCCACAAAGAUUUCUGUCAGUUUCUGCUUGAAAUCUUCCCAUUUCUACGAGAAUAUGGAAAUAUUUCCUAUGAUCUCCAUCACGAAGAUAAUGAAGAAACCGAAGAGACCCCAGUUCCGGAGCCUCCUAAAAUCGCACCCAUGUUUCGAAAGAAGGCCAGGGUGGUCAUUACCCAGAGCCCUGGGAAGUAUGUGCUCCCACCUCCCAAAUUAAAUAUCGAAAUGCCAGAUUAGAUGCCACUUCCGGGGACAGAGCUAAAGUGGACUGCGACGCGCUCUCUCCACCUUCCUCUGCCCCCUCGUUCAGCCCACAAACCAGAACCAGUACUGGAGCUGGGUCUCCAGGUACGUCCAUCUCAUGCCUUGUUUGCAUCCUGCGCCUAUCAGCCACUCACCACGACGGGACGUGGAAGUGGCAGGUGACAGGGGUGUGUGCCAGCAGAUGUGGAUGCCAGGAAGAGUGUGAGAACAGGGGCGGGAUUUCCAUCUGUCUGGGAGGGGCCCCAGGUACCCCUCUUCCUCGUCAGACCCACCGGGGGAUGGCUGCUUACCAGGUCCGCAAAAGGAACAUCUGUCUACACGGUGCUGAAAUCCCAAUCAAAAGUGUUGUUUAGAAAUGUUUCUCUACGGGGCUGACCUCCUGCAGCUCGCUCAGCACUCCCAGGUCCUUAGCACUCCCAGGUCGUAGCUGGCGCAGUCAGUAGGAACUGUAACUAUGUCUCUGAUGCACCACAUGUUUAGACACAGCACAGUCCUUUUUUCUGUUCCUACGGUGGAAGUAGUUUCUCUUUGGGCAUGCUGACAGCACUUUUUCAUAGCCUCACCGAUGAGCCCUUUCUGCGGGAGUGACUCCAUGCCUGUAUACAGAGUAUUUAUACAAAUGUUUUAGCAUCUUCAUAUGCGGUGUUAACCCCUAGUUCUGUACAGCAUAUUCUGUUCAAGUAUUUUUUUACAAGCUUGUGCUGUAGGCACAUGCCUUCUGCUGCAGAAGUGGACACCCGUGGCACACCCACCCCGCCCCAGUGGGGUGCCAUGCCUUCCUGGGACAUUGCCACUUCUGCCCUGGAACUCAUGCAGGUACGUAGUAGCUGCUAUUGCCAGAACAGCAAAGCCAAGCAAGAGAUGGUCCAUGCUUUUCUGACGUUCUCAGAAUAGUGGCUAGCCUAAAACCUGACAAGCGCUGCUUGAAGCCGGAACACUGGAGAAUGUUGCUGAGAGCAGAAAUGGCCACGCGGGUCACGAUUAUGCUUGGGAAAGUCUCAGGCUUCCCUCCUGCCAGCAACAAGAACGCUUUGGGGUAGGCACGAUGUUUUCACGUGUGCGUGCCGUUUCUCCAAGCACUGCAGGUUCCGCCGUGUGCCGGAGGCUACAAGUUUAACAUCCUCCUUCCCGAAAACAAAUAGGUCCUAUGCUGAAAAAAGGGUAAAAAAUGAGUAUUGAUCUUCUCAGCCAGGAGAAGAGUGUGGCGUUUUAACACGACCAGCUGCUCGCCGGCAUACUUGGGGUUAAUUCAACUCUGCUGCGAACAUGACUCCGCCCCUGGCACUGGCCUCCAGCAAGCCUGCUCUUUUUGGGGUACGGGGGAGCAGGAUGGUUUAGCCUUUCCUGCUCAGUGUGUAAAAAAAUGUAGCGAAAGCCACUAUUUUUGCUCUCUUAAGCUGUUCAAUAAACUGGUUCCUCG